AUGUUUCGAGCAGCUAUUAUAUUGUCUGAACGAUAUAAUAUAACGUUUCAAGAAGAAUUUAUUGGUUAUGAAGAAAUACUAACCGAUGACAAAAUUAUGCUUACAGUUGAUCAAACAUGUGAAAAAGUAUCAACAUCAAACAUAGUUGGAUUCGUUGGUCCAGCAUAUUCCAGUGAAGCACGAUAUAUGGCAUCAUUUGCAUAUCAGCUAGGAAUAAUAAGUGUCUCUUAUUCAGCUACAAGUCCUGAUCUAUCCACCAUCAACAAUGGAGCCUUUUUUCGUGUAGUUCCAUCAGAUGAAAAUACUGUAUUAGGCAUGACAAUCUUAUUUCAACAAUAUAAAUGGAAAUCGUGUAUAAUUAUCUAUCAAAAUGAUGAAUAUGGUUAUAAUGGCAUGCAAUCAUUGAAGCAAAAGUUUAAUGAAAUGAAUAUUAAAACUCGAGAAAUAAUCAGAUUUGAUAUGAAUUCCAGAAAUUUUCAAAUUGAUUUUACAGAGACAUUACUUAAUAGUUCGUCACGUAUUGUUAUUUUAUGGGCAAAUGAACAGUCAACAAUAACAAUAUUAAAUAGAGCUCUUGAAGAAAAUUUGGUCGGUCCAGAUUUUGUUUGGAUAUUAACCACAACAAUAUCGUUAAAUAAUUUCAAUCAAAGACAAAAGAAAGAACUUAUUGGAGUUCUUACUCUUGAACCGGUUAAAGGAGAUUUUGUUGAUCAAUCAAUCAAUACAACAUUAUUAAAUCAAGCAUAUGAAAUAUGGAAAUAUUAUGAACCUGAUACAUUUCCUGGCGAUAGCAAUGUCAGUACUUAUGCAUUAUAUACGUUUGAUGCAACAUGGUCAUUAAUAUUAUCCUUACAACAACUUUGUUCAAUGCAGUUAUCAUGUUUACAAUAUCUCAAUGUUUCAAAUUGUUACUAUCGACAAUUUUUUAAUCGAAAUCAGUAUUACGAGAAUAUGAGAACGAUAUCAUUUUUAGGUGUCUCGGGUGAGGUAAAAUUUUCUAAUAGAACGGCAGAUCGUGCUGGUCAUACAUAUUAUAUUAUCAAAAAUAUCCAACCUUUAGAUAAAAAACUAAAUAGCAUUGGUUAUCUACCUGUAUUAGAAUGGGAUACUAGUUCAUCCAUAUGGAAAUCUUACAAGAAUCAAUCUGAUGGUAUAAUAUGGCCAAAUUGGUCAAAAAACAUUCCAGUAGGCCACAAAUUAAUUCGAGGUCAAGAAUUACGUAUGGCGAUCAUAGAAGCCUCACCGUUCAUAAUAUUAAAAAAUUCGACUGCUUUAUACAGUGGAAUGACAGACAAAUAUAAAAUAAUAAAUAUGAUCGAAUUCGAUGGCUUUUUCAAAGAUGUACUUUUACAUUUACAAGAUAAAAUGGGAUUCAUUCCUGUUAUUAUGUUAGCUCAAGUAACUACACAAUACAAUGAAUUAGUUGCUGGGGUAGCAAAUAAUUUAUUCGAUACUGUUAUGACUACUAUAACUAUGACUGAAGAACGAAAGAGUUUAGUUGAUUUUUCUAUACCUCUUAUACCUAGUACAAUAAGAGUUGUUACACGAAAACCAGAAUCUAAUAAUUUCGAUUUCCUUUUCUUCGCAAAACCUUUUUCAUGGCAACUCUGGUUACUUAUAUUAGGCACCCUAACUUAUGCGAGUAUAUUGAUAUGGUACUUUGAAUGGAGUAAGGGUGGAAGAACGGCUGCUGUAGUUAAUAAUAAUCAUGGAGAACGGGUUGCUGUGGUUAAUAAUAAUGAUGGAGAAGCGGCCGCUAUAGUUAAUAAUAAUGGGAUAGAAUGGACUAUCAUGUACGUGCUCGAUGUUAUGCUUAAUAGAGUUCCGAAUUUUGCAGCAGGAGGACCUGGAAUACUCCUUACAUACGGUUUGUAUAUUCUACAAAUAAUAUUAUUUGCAUUAUAUACAGCUAGUUUAUUGUCAUCAAUAAUAACACAAAACUCUGAUUUCACUAUAUCAGGAGUAGAUGAUAUAAAGAAUGGUAAAAUCGCACCGAGUCGAGUAGGACUUGUGGCAGGUUCUUCAAUAGAAGCGCAUUAUUUAAAUACUAUAUCAAAUGGGAAAAAAGAUUAUUAUCCAUUAAGGACAGUGAACGAAAUUUAUACAAGUUUAAUAAAGGGUGAUAUCGAUGCUGCUCUCUGGAGUAAUUUAUCGAUUGCAUAUCAUACAAAUAAUGUAUAUUGUGAUUUAAUGCCGGUGGGUGUUGACUUCAGUUACAGUUCAUAUAUCUUACCAGUAAAACACGAUUGGGAAUAUAAAGCAGAUCUAGAUUCUAAUAUAUUAUCUUUGAUUGGAUCAGCAGAGCUUGAUCGGAUAUCAACCAAAUGGUUCGUACAACGUACCUGUAUCGAAACAGGUGCGUUUGAUAAAGAAACAAAGCCAAUUACAUUACAAGCAGUUAUUGGAUUGUUUGUUGUAUUUUUUGGUGUUAGUAUCAUCUGCAUUUUAUUAUAUUUUCGGUCAAACAUAGCUGAUAUCAUACGGCGGGCUUGGGACGUAACGCGAUGCUUCGCUGAUCAAGUUUGGAAAAAAUGUUUUUGCAAACUUGAACAGAACUAA